AUGAAUACGCAACCAUUCAUUCUGCUCAUUCCGAAACUUCAUGGCUUAGUGCAAUUCGAAGAUGUUGGCUUCUCGUAUCCAAACCAUCUGCGAAAGAACGAGUUGGUAUUGAAAGGGCUGUGUCUGGAGCUGAAGCCUGGACAGACGGUCGCAUUGUGUGGACCCUCCGGGGGCGGCAAAUCUACGAUAGCAGCUCUUCUAGAGCGAUUUUACGACACCAGCGAAGGACGGGUGUUGAUUGACAAUGCGGACAUCCGAAGUCUAGAUCCGACGUGGUUGCGGACGAAUGUGAUCGGCUACAUAAGCCAAGACCCAGUCUUGUUUGCGACCUCUAUCAAAGAAAACAUCAGAUACGGUCGUCCAUCAGCAUCAGAAGCUGAAGUCAUGGAAGCCGCGAAAAUGGCGAACGCUCACGAUUUCAUCUCGAGUUUUCCUGACGGUUACGACACAAUGGUCGGAGAACGAGGAGUUGCGUUAUCGGGUGGACAAAAGCAGCGCAUAACAAUUGCAAGAGCCCUGUUGAAGGAUCCGAAGAUCCUCAUUCUCGACGAAGCAACCAGUGCACUUGACACCGAGUCCGAAGCGAUAGUUCAACAGGCGCUUGAUAAAGCCAUGGAGGGUAGAACGACGCUUGUAAUUGCCCACCGCUUGUCGACGAUCAGGAACGCCGACGUGAUAGCUGUUAUUGUACGCGGCGAGUUGGUGGAAAGCGGCAGUCAUGAAGAGUUGUUGACGAAGCGGGGUGUUUAUUGGCAGCUUAUUGCCGCUCAGUCCUCCGCUGCGGGUUCGUCCGUCGCCGCGUCCUUAUUCAGUUGACCCGGUUAGUCCUUUGUUCGGUUUUUCAGUUCGAUUUCUACCCCCCCCCUCCUUCCCGCCCUUCUCAACCAAUUUCAACCCGUGAUUAAUCGACGAUUUUCGAAAAACCUCGCUCUUCUGUGUCUUGUUUCUUUUUACCCUCCGUGAUUUUUUUUUCACCGCGUUGGCGGUUACUUUCGGGAAAUCGGUCAUUUCUCAAGUCUGACAGUGCGUGGGUCAACUGUCCUUUUUCGAGAUGGUCUCCGGAUGAUGGUUCGUUUGCGGAAUGAACAAGCGCUGUUAUAAAAAA